AUGGCAGUGCCACGCUCGGACCAGGAGAACGACUUCAUGGCAAGCCAGGCCCUUGGCAGCACCGUCUGGAUUGCGUGCAGCGAUCGCAAGCAGGAAGGCGACUGGAAGUGUGAGGGGUCCCACGAUUGGAAUUACACCAACUGGGGAAGUGGUCAGCCUGAUAAUUAUGACAGGCAUGAGCAUUGUGCAGCCAUAAGAUCAUCAGAUAAGAAGUGGAACGACUUUGGAUGCAACACUAAACUGUUGGCUAUGUCGCCCCGUUUCGUUUUCUUGCUGGCAUUUGCAAUCCUUCUAAGCUGGGGCUUAUGCUCCUUUGUGUCAUGCAAUCGACGCCAUGGGCUUUGCAUAGAUCCCUGGAAGAAAUGGGGUAGAUUUUGCUACCUCCUCACCAAACAGCCCAACUCGUUUGACGACGCCCGUCAUACCUGUCGUAAGCUGGGAGCCAAGAUGGCAGUGCCACGCUCGGACCAGGAGAACGACUUCAUGGCAAGCCAUGCCCUUGGCAGCACCGUCUGGAUUGCGUGCAGCGAUCGCAAGCAGGAAGGCGACUGGAAGUGUGAGGGGUCCGGCGAGCGGAAUUACACCAACUGGGGAAGCGGUCAGCCUGAUAAUUAUGACAGGCAGGAGGAUUGUGCAACCAUGAGGUCAUCAGACAAGAAGUGGAAUGACCGUAGAUGUAACACUAAGUUGCUUGCUGUUUGCAAAGAACAACCUCGUAUUCAGUGCUUUACUGCAAACAGUGAAGGCCGGCUGGAAUUUAAUUCCUGUAUCUGGCCUCGGAAUGUGGAGGCCAUCUGCCAGGCAGAAAGGCCUCGCUGGAACCCCAACGGCCACUCUCACAAAAGGCAGUCGCUGAAGGCGUCGAGCAGCAUCGCUGCAAACAUGAUGGAGAAGAAGGUUGGGGCAAGCACACAGCCCUGCUUCACUCCGUUGUUCACUUGGAAGGGACCGAGGCGUAACCGUCCUCUAGGACUCGAGCUUGCAUGCCGGACGAUGUUCUUAAUGACGUUCCUGGUGAGUCUGUUGGGGGAUGACCCUGGCGAGGACCUUCCCAGCGAUGCACAGAAGCGAUAUCCCGCGGUGAUUGUCACAGGAAGUCUUGUCUCCUUUCCUCUUGUUGAUGUGCACUAUGGAUGCAUCAAACAGCCCCACUCGUAUGACGACGCCAGUCAAGCUUGUCGUAAGCUGGGAGCCAAGAUGGCAGUGCGACGCUCGGACCAGGAGAACAACUUAAUGGCAAGCCAGGCCCUUGGCAGCACCGUCUGGGUUGCGUGUAGCGAUCGCAAGCAGGAAGGCGACUGGAAGUGUGAGGGGUCCCACGAUUGGAAUUACACCAACUGGAGAAGCGCUCCCUGGAAGAAAUGGGGUAGAUCUUGCUACCUCCUCACCAAACAACCUCUCUCGUAUGACGACGCCCGUCAGACUUGUCGUAAACUGGGAGCCAAGAUGGCAGUGCCACGCUCGGACCAGGAGAACGACUUCAUGCCUCUCUCGUAUGGCAACGCCCGUCAGGCCUGUCGUGAGCUGGGAGCCAAGAUGGCAGUGCCACGCUCGGAGAACGACUUCAACAAGCCUCUCUCGUAUGGCAACGCCCAUCAGGCCUGUCGUGAGCUGGGAGCCAAGAUGUCAGUGCCGCGCUCGGACCAGGAGAACGACUUCAUGGCAAGCAUGGUCCCUGGCAUCAGUAUUUGGGUGGCGUGUAGCGAUCGCACUCAAGAAGGUGAGUGGGAGUGCGAGGGGUCCCAUAGAUGGAAUUACACCAACUGGAUGAUCGGUCAGCCUGACAAUUAUGGCAUGAAUGAGCAUUGUGCAACCAUAUGGUUAUUCUACAAGAAGUGGAAUGACUAUGGAUGCGACAACAAGCUGCUGGCUGUUUGCAAACAGCAACCUCGUAUCCACUGCUUCACUGCGAACAGUGAAGGUCAACUGGAAGCUGAUUCAUGCCUAUAA